CUUCCCGUUGCUAGUUGGCUAAGCAGCCUGUGUGAGAGACAUGUGGGGAAGUCGUUAAUGUUUGUACUAGUUGCUGUUUUGGCUCAUUCGGUGUUGAAAAAGACUCGGUUGUGGUGGUAAAGACCACCUCAGGUUGCUGGAGUUUCCUCUCCGUUUGGAGGUUCGUCGCAGAUCAUCGGAACAAGACAGACGGAAAAGAUGUCGUACCAUUCAUCAUCCCGUAGUUCAUCUCGGAGCACUGAUUGUAAAGUGUAUGUGGGUGACCUAGGCAACGGUGCUGCCAAGGGGGAGCUGGAGCGAGCGUUCAGUUACUACGGCCCACUGAGGAGCGUCUGGGUGGCCAGGAACCCACCUGGGUUUGCCUUCGUGGAGUUUGAGGAUCCCAGAGAUGCAGAAGAUGCAGUGAAAGGCAUGGAUGGAAAGGUGCUGUGUGGUUCCCGUGUCCGUGUGGAGCUGUCAACAGGAAUGUCCAGGAAGGGCCGCGGGCGCCCCAGUCGGCGCCAGUUCGACCCCAAUGAUCGGUGUUACCAGUGUGGGGACCGGGGACACUACGCCUACGACUGCUACCGCUUCAGCAAGAGGGGCCGCCGCAGCAGCAGGUCUCACUCUCGUUCUCGGUCUCGCUCAAGGUCCAGAUCCCGUGGGCACCGCUACCGCUCUCGCUCCCGCAGCCGUAGCCAAAGCCAAAGCCGGAGCCGUCGUCGAUCUCCAUCCUAUUCCAGGCGCAGGAGCAGGUCUGGCUCCCCAGCCCGUUCCAAGUCCAGGACUCCUGUGAGAAGUCGCUCCAGAUCUCGGUCUCGAUCUGGGUCUGCUCCCAGGGGACGCUCUGCUCCCAGGGGACGCUCUGCACCCAGGGGACGCUCUGCACCCAGGGGACGCUCUGUGUCUCGGUCCCGCUCACGAUCUCAGUCGGCGAAUCACAAGAGGAACAGCGUGUGGUGGGAGCUGAGCACUGCACUGACACUGCAGCUGAUCCCAGGCCCAGGGUCUGCCAGCUGGCGGUGUGUACGUCCUGCGGGAGGGUGACUAAGCGCUGACCUGAGAUCAGCCUUCGCCUGCAGCUGGUGUUAGACAGCGAGAAAGAGGUCGACCUACCGACCGAAUCCUCCCCACAGUGAAUGAAUGGGUGACCGUCUGUCCAACCGACGCACACGCUCAGACGAGAUCAGCCCGCGCACACAUACAGUUGUUCUACUAGAGUCACCCAGCCAGCCGUCAGAUCUACCAGAGGGCUGACCCACACAGUUCAGAGUUCGACCACUACCUUUUUAAAUCCAUUACCUACCUACCAGACCCCCUUUCCUACCUACCAGAGUUCUUCGGCCUCUGUCUUAGCUUCUGAAAGUGAGAGAAAGAGAUCUGACGAGAGAUCAGUCUUCAAGAGCCUCCCAGCGCAGUGUCUCUCCGAGUUGUAGUCAUCCGUCCUUCAGUCCUUUCAUCCUUCGCUUCUCUGUACUUGUUGUUUCUGCCACUGUCUCCAAAGGUAACCAAAAAUCAAACCCCCUGACAAGCUCAUAUUGAUGGUCAAAAGAAAAAAAAAGACAAAUUUGCACACAGGUUGAUUUACUCUGGGGAAAGAAACUGGUGAUUUUAUAUAUAUAUAUAUUUAAUAUAUAGAGCUAAAGUUGAGACAUUAACGAGCAUGAUAACAGAGUGUGUGGAUGACUGACCCGAGUGAGUGAGUGAGUGCAAGAGAGGUAACAUGAAUUUUAAUGGGCUGAUAUCUCUGAGGAGGCUUUAUCACAUGUUUUGUUUUUUUGUUUGUUUUUUUCCUUCUUGUGCCAUACAUGUUACAAACAUCAUUACCAUUUUAUAAACCGCUUCCCUCAUAUAUUAUCCAUUUUUUAGCACUUAUACACAGCACACUAAUAGUAAUAGUGGUUUUCUUUCUCAGUUACAUUGAUGUAGAACAGUUUUGUUUUUUUCUAGGUGUGUUUAGUCUGUGAAGGACUAAGCCCUACCUGUCUCCCCAAAGAACAAAACUAUGUUAACAAUUUGUUUCUAUUAGUAAAUGAAAACAGUGUCAAUGACCUGUCGCUUGCUUGAAUAGGUGUAUGCUUGCCUCGGGGGUUCAAUUAUGUAUUUAGCUUUUGACAGUUACUUUUUCAGGCCUAUAAAAGUAAACUGUCGAACUAUUUGAAAUUAACCUUUUUAUGUCUGAGGGCAUCAAAGAGAUUUUCAGACAGUUAACAAAUAUUUCUGAUAUCAUCCAGUCAUGAAUAUUCGUAGUGUUUUUUUAAUUGUUGGAUAAUAUAAUGUGGGAUUUCUUUUUUAUUUUAUUUUUAUUUUUGUCUGAUCGUUCUUCCAUCCUCCCCUGUGGCACGCUAACUCGUCUAUGUUUCUGUUUCAGUCGUUCCCGCUCAGCAAGUCCAAACCGAAGCCCUACGCCAGCAGAAGACUGAGUGAAGAAGACUUAUAGUAUCCCCUUACUCCCCCCACCCCCUUCUCUCCUGUCCUUAACAGACAGACCCUCCACCCCUGCACCCUGACUGCUUUUACAUCCCUUACAGCUGUUUUUUUUUUUUUUUUUUUUUUGUACUUGCCCAGUCCAAGAUUUCUAAUUUCAAUCCCCACCACCUCCUCCUCCAGGGCUGUAGUCCUGCAGCCUCAGAUUGUUGCAGAUUUAAUCAGUGUGGCAGAUUUUAUUUUUGUUUUAAUGGUGAAUAUACGUUAUCUUCCCACAUGUCUAGUAGCAAGUACAUGAAGCAACACCUACAGUAUGUUAAUGUUGACUUUUAACAGUGAUUUGGGCGGUUCAUACAGCAAACUGCAGUGGAAGGUAACCCAGUAGACACAAGUCAUUGCAAUGAUGAACUGCUUUUAUUCCCUAAACUGUGAAAUUUUCUGAACUUUAAUUUUUUUUCUUCCACAUUGAGAAUCUGUAAAAAAAAAUUUAAAAAAAAACCAUUUUGUAUUGCACUCCAAUUUGAUUUUUUUGUUUUGUUUUUUUGGUUUAAGAUGCUGUUUAACCAGUCCAUUCAUCAUGGCAUAAGCAGAUACAUCAUUGCCUGCAUGCCUUUAUAUAUGAUGUCACAUUCCUACUGUUUGUUGUUUCUGUGCUGCACUGCCCUUUUUACAAACUUCACCAGCUUCACUGUGUGCUGAAUAGAUUUCCCCCUAUGUGUUGAUCUCAAGAUUUAUCCUGUGUUUUUUUUUUUUUUCGUUUUAAAAAUGUGCUUAAGUUUAAUUUUUGAAGGGCUGCUUUAACAGUUUUUGUUCUGUUCCUGACUUAAUAUGGUAAGACAGUGGCAGUUUUAUUUUUGAAUAAAUCUCUACAACAUACGUCA